AUGGCCAUAGGUAAUACACAAACGGUGAAGGCUUGCGGGAUUUGCUCAACUCCGGGACACCUAACUGACAUGUGCCCUACGCUUCAAGAUGAACCUUACGAACAAGCUAAUGCUGUUGGGGGAUUCCCGCAAAAGAGAUACAAUCCCUACUCGAACACCUACAAUGCAGGAUGGAGGGAUCAUCCCAUCCUGAACUAUGGAACCAAGCCCUUCGGCUUCCAACAUCAGCAUCAAACCAGGCCGCCGGCUCCACCAUAUUCAGCCUCCCCCAACUCAGGUAUGUCUCUCGAUGAAAUUGUGGAAGCCCUUGCAACUAAUACUCAACAAUUUCAACAGGAGAUGGGAACAAGUAUCCGAAACCUGGAGAAUCAGGUCAGCCAGCUAGCGACAGCUAUGAGUCGAAUGGAAUCCCAAUCAUCAGGGAGGCUACCUUCUCAGACCACGACCAACCCAAAACAAAAUGCUAGUGCUAUCAUGUUGAGAAGCCGGAAGGAACUGAAUGAACUCUAUCAAGAAACAUCCAAAGAUACAACUAGAAAGGAGACACCAUCCCAAACGGAUUCAAGCGGAAAGCCACCCCAAUCCAAAGUCAUCACUCCACCUUUCCCUAGCCGAUUCAGAAAAUCCAAGAAGGAGGAGCAAGACAAAGACAUUCUCGAGACCUUCCGCAAAGUUGAGGUGAUUGUUUACUUUGAUCAUGCAGCCCUAAAAUAUUUGCUCGCCAAGAAAGAAGCAAAGACGAGGCUUAUCCACUGGAUUCUCCUGCUACAAGAAUUUAACCUCGAAAUCCGCAACAAGAAGGGUGCAGAAAAUUUGGUUGCAGACCAUCUUAGUAGGCUGACUACAAGUGAAGAGGCAACACCCUUGAAAGAUGAGUUCCCAGACGAGCACCUUUUCGCGAUUCAAGAAGGAACUUCAUGGUAUGCAGAUAUAGUUAAUUAUUUGGUUACUAGAACCAUACCAGGAGAAUUAACAAGGGCUCAAAGGGAUAUAAG